AUGAGAAAAUUGAUAAUAAUCGUUCUUGUUUUGGUUUCAUACGUAUAAAGUCAAAUAUGCCCUUCUUACGCCUCUUGGGUUGCUGGUUCUACUAAUGCUUGUUAAUGCAAUAACGGAUAUUAUGGUACUAGCCCUUCAACUUGUAAGGCUUGUCCAGAUAACUCUUGGUCAACUUAAGGUUCUACAAAUACAGGUCCAAGCAUUACAGUUUCAGCUUGUAAUCAAUGUGCUCCUGGAUAUUUUGUUAGUACAGUUGCUGUUACUACUCCUGGUUCUGAAGCUGCUGCUAAAUGUACAACUUGUGGUACUACUCACUCCACUCCUAAUACAAUGGCUACUACUCAAUAAACUAUUUCAGAUUGUAAUACAUGUAUGGAUGGUUAUUACUUAACAGUUGUUGCUGUUACUGGUGGUUCUGCUGCUGCUGCUACAUGUCAAGCAUGUGCUUCUUAAGGUGCUAUCACUAGACUUCGUGCUACAGAUACUCCAUAAACAGCCAAUGAUUGUAAUCUCUGUUUACCAGGUUAUUGGGUUUCAAGUGCUUUUGCUCAAGGAGGACCUGCUAUACGUUGCACAGCUUGCCCACCUGGUUUGACUAACUCAGCUUCAGCUACUGGAGCUACUGGUCUUCAAACUAUUGCUAGUUGCGAUACCUGUCCUAUAGGUUUUUAUGUUACAGCUAUUGCUUAAUCUGGUGGUCCCGUUUCAUGUGCUCCAUGUCCUCCAAAUUCUUCUUCUCCUCCUUCAAAGAAUUUAGGAUUUUGUACUUGCUUUGAUACUAAUGCACCUGCAUUAUCUUCCUCAGUUACUAGCUGCGCUUGCAAAACUAAUUAUUUUGGAUCUGUUGCAACUGCUCCUCUAGCUGCUAGUGGAUGUGUUUUAUGCAAUGACCCUAAUGCUAAUUAUUCAUUAAUAAACGGUAAAUGCGCAUGCAGAGCUAAUACCUAUGGUACCCCAACUAGCAACGCCACUACUCCUCCUACUUCUUCUACUUGCUAUAAUUGCCCAACCGAUGCAACUUCUCCUGCUGGUACCACAGAAAAAGCUGGAUGUAAUAAUUCAAAAAUCUUAUUGCCUUUAGUAACCUUGCUUUUCUCUUUAAUCCUCUUGCUUUGA